AUGGCUAACACCGUUGAAGAAUGGUGCCUGAGAAGAAUAGACCAGUGGCUUUCCCGGGGCCUGCUGAAAAAAGAAGCUGUGAUGGAACGCCUCGACAAGGCGAUCCAGGAUAGCUACGCCAUCAGCGAGGAAGACGAGGCAACGUUGAACAGCGUCUUCCGCUCGGUUUGCACCGACGAGGAGACUUUAACCGAACCAUUGUUCCUCUCUCUUCUACAAACAAAGUCGGCUCUGCCUCGGUCCCUCGAUGGCACGGCGGCCGGCAAGCGGGUGUACGCCGCUCUUGUGUACCUCAGCAAGUUACCAUUUGUGCCACCCACCAACGCGGCACACCCGGACACGACCGGCCUCACCCUCGCUCAACUUAAACGUGCAUUGGUGUGGAUUUUCCCUGACCGCGACUCGUCAUUUAUCGAAGAAGGCAGCAAUUCGCGCAUGCGGACGCGGGCGGACCACCGGAGACGAAUCUUCCAGAGCCUGGCUUCGACGAUGGUCGCAGACAAUGUCCACACCCGGAUCUACGACUCGCAGCGUGCACGCAACCUAGCUCUACGGAACGCAUUUGAGGUGGAGUACGAAGAGCAUCACGAGUUCUGCCGGCCAAACCAUGACGACGACGGAGAUGAGAUCUACCACGACCUCAUCGACCUUCUCUGCGCCACGCAGGAGGUCAAACACCCUGGUCUGGCCACCGUCCCCCGAGACGGGUUUCGCAGCGUGGGAAAGGCUAUUACCGCGGAGCACUCCCUUCCUCGCUUGUACAGUCUCGCCUUCCCGGCAAAGGAGUUUGUUCCGCUUGUGAAGGUGCUCCUGGCGCUUCAGUUCGUACCUUCCGCCGGUGGACUCGACCCAAGUAUUGAUGACCCCACUGGAUUUAAAACCGCCGCGGAUGCACUUGUCGCCGCGUUCCAAGAACAAGAUAUCACCUACCCCGCAUUCGACCACGCGCUGAAGCACAUCGCCCCCUUCCUCUUGGGCCCCCUCUACGAGAUCCUCUCCGUCUCAUUCUUCAACCACAGCUAUCCCUGCCUCAUCGCGGGCGCCCUGGACCUCCCUCCUCAUCUGCUAAAACCUCCUCGCAACACGAUGGCUCCCAUAAACCCCAUAAACGAAACCAACCCUUCCAGGGAGGAGAGUGCGUCCCCCGACCCAUUCUUAAAGACCCCCCAUCUCGCCCAACUAGUCGCCCGCUUCGCCGAAAACAUCGACACCGGUUCCCUGGCACGGGUCUGGGCGUACGACCCUUGCGACCACAACCACGACCACACCCAAAACGGAGCCCCACACGAUGCUCCUGACGUAACCAUCACAUCAAUCUUCCUUGACGCGCUGGAGUCAGCCCCUGACGAGGCGAUGGUUGUCAUCGGGGGUACCCGCAGGGAGAGGAGACAAGGGGAAGGAAAUUCGGAGGGAAUCUUCGGCUUCGGCUUGUUCAGCUCCCGGCCAGAAGACGACGGAGAGAGUAUCCAGCCCGGGGAAAGUUCGCGGAAUUCUUCGAACAAGCAGUGCGCGCUUUUUCAGGUGACGCCGGUGCAGGAUGUCUUUCGGGGGGUUGUGGGGCGUCGGGGAUGGGCAAGGAUGGAGAGUGGGGAUGGGGUGGUGUUUGGCGGGGAAACAGGUGUGGUGUUUCGGUUGAGGGACGAGUUGGCGCGAUUCGAGGUUCGACAUCGUCAACUUCAGGAGGGCGGUGGUCACGAUGGUAUCAAUGGUCAUGGUGAGGGGUGUAGUUUUGUGCCGAAUCCGUUGAGGGGGAAUUGGCGGGCGGAUUUUGAUGUUGAGAUGAUCGAGAUUUGGAGUGAACCUGAGUGA